AUGGCGCAAUUCCUACGCGAUCCCGCUGUACUGCAAGCCGAUAUCAUUGCAGUCCAGGAGCCCUGGAAGAAUCCGUACUCGGACACAACACACCAUCCUGCGCAUGGUAGCCACCAGCUCCUGUAUCCCUCUGCCAGCGAUGUCGGGGACCAGCGAGCCCGCGUGGCUUUGUACAUCUCACGCAAGAUUAACCCCAGAACAUGGAGGCACACGGUGCACUCCGCUGACUGCCAGGAGCUCGAGCUCCACGUACAGGGCAGAAAACUGCGGAUUUUUAAUAUAUAUAAUCCCGGACCAUGGGAUACAAACCGUACUGGCACAGUGGAAUUGCUUGACCGAGUGGUAGCCCCGAGAGGGGACCAUAUCAUCCUCGGUGAUUUCAACCUCCAUCAUCCGGCCUGGUCCGAACAAGACGCCCACGCCGACCCGAGUCAAAUCGACCGGACCACCACAACCGAUAUCGAUACCGACGAAACCGGCAGAGACCGACGGACCCGUACCGACCGAAGAGCUCCGAAGCUGCUAGAAUUUACCGACUCUCGGCUCCUAGACCUCUGGCUGGAACCGGGAACGGUGACCCGAGACUGGAACAACCAUCGGUCCACGAUCGACCUUGUCUUCAGAGCGCAGAGCCUUGCAGAUCAAUUUAUUGCCUGCGAAGUGGCUCCUGAGGUGCACGCGGACUCGGACCACCUACCAAUCCGCACGAUUCUUGACUUCUCCCCGCAGACCGCCCAACUACCAAAACGACGCAACUGGAAGGCCAUGGACGCAGCGAAGCUGCGAGAAUUCGUGGCCGACAAUCUCGAUACAUACUCACACUGGCACACGUUAAGAACGGAUCCCUCACCGGACGCGAUUGAUACGGCCGCGGACUUUCUUAUCGAAGUAAUCCAGAGGGCGAUUCAACACGCGGUCCCGUGGGCCCGUCCCAGCACGUGGGCCAACCCCAAUUUCACACCGGAAUGCCAGGAUAUGCUGGGCGGCCUACGUCAAAGCCCGCAACCGAAAAGGCCGCAUCAUCUCCCGAGCCUGCGACGGGGCUUCCGCCGCUGGGUCUCGGAGGCGAUUGACCAAGGCACUCAUGGAAUCUGGCGCGUGGCCAAGUGGGCCCGCAAUCGCGGGACUCGGGCCGCAAAUACAAUUCCAACCCUAAUCGGAUCUCAGGGUCCGGCCAACACCACUGAGGCCAAGGCGGAGAUUCUGCGAGAGGCAUUCUUUCCCGAACCACCCCCAGCCGAUCUGUCUGACAUCGAGCGACGAGUCCAGCCGGUACAGAUCGAUUUCCCAGAGAUUACCAAGGAGGAGGUAGCCAAAGCGAUUCGAAGAGCACCCCCAGAUAAAGCACCAGGACCGGACGCGAUUCCAAACAAAAUUUGGCACGAGCUACUCAAUGUUCCAGUCUUUUUGGACCGAAUCACGCAACUAUUUAAUACGAGUAUCAAAAUAGGACACAACCCCAGGCACUUCCAGACCUCCACCACAGUAGCCCUUCGCAAAGCCGCGCCUCGAGACUAUCGCUUACCCAAAUCGUACCGACCAGUUGCUCUACUCAACACCCUUGGUAAAAUCCUAGAAUCGAUCGUGGCCACGCGAAUCGCCUGGGCUUUGGAGGAAUACAAAUUACUACCGAAAACCCACCUAGGAGGGCGAAAGGGUAUCUCUGCUGACCAUGCCAUCCAGCUUAUUCUCGAUUACAUAUAUCGGGCAUGGGGACGAGAUAGGAAGGUGAGUAUGGUCCUGCUGGACGUGUCCGGUGCCUUCGACAACGUGUCCCACACUCGACUUUUAUUCAACCUUCGCCAGCUGAGGCUGGGCCAUUUUGCGGACUGGCUGCAGUCCUUUCUAACCAACCGCUCAACCCGAAUCUCCCUAGCAGGGGAACUCAGUUCGGAGUUCUCGACUCCGACGGGCAUCCCGCAGGGCUCACCCCUGUCACCGAUUCUCUACCUGGUCUACAACACUCCUUUGAUCAGAGACCUUUUUGUGCGGCGACCACAGGGAGGCUCGACCGAGGCAUACGGGUGGAUUGACGACGCCUGCGUCCUGGCGUCCUCCGACUCAUACGCAGGAAACGUCGAAACACUGAAGGAGGCUCUAAGUAGAGCAGGCCGAUGGGCUAGCCAGCACGCCUCUAAAUUUGCGCCGGAAAAGUUCGAACUUAUUCAUUUCACUAAUCCUAGGAAAACGGAAGCGGCAACAACGCCUCCGUCUCCAGAGAUAUCGCCAGACGAUCCUGAUGGUAUCUGGAGGGUGCCGCUUCCACCAACCGGCCACGACCAGAUGGAGGUCCCCUACGCAGACACGACCAUCAAGCCGACAGAAACGGCUAAAUAUCUGGGGAUUUGGCUUGACAAAACCCUGUCCUUUGCCACGCACCGUACUAAGGCACUAGCUAAAGCACAUGGCACACUGGCAGCCCUACGAGGGAUCGCCGGAUCCACAUGGGGCGUGCCCCUGCGGGCCAUGCGCCGGAUCUACCAAGCGGUAGUGAUUCCCCAGCUAUUCUAUGGAGCCACGGCUUGGUUCAGCCCGCGAGGCGGCCAGAUGGUCGCCUCAACAAACCAAAAGAUGCUCGCGGAAUUUGCACAGAUCCAAAAACAAGCCGCGUUGCUGAUCAGCGGUGCGUUCAAAGGCACUGCAGCAGCAGCUUUAAAUGUUGAAUUAUAUAUAUUACCGGUACAUCUCCAGCUACAGCAGAUCAUCGAGGAAACGGCAAUCAGAAUCCGGACUGGACCGGAAUUAGCCUGCCCCGAAUCGGUAUUGAAACCACGCUCAGCGCGGGAACGCCGUCGCAGCGGGUGGACACCGAUGGAGGCGCUCAGCCGGAAAGGGGGCCCGCUAUGGCCUCUCGGGGGAAGAACAUGGGAAACCCGCAAGCCAUACAUUCUGGCUCCGUGGGAAGCCCCGUUGGAAACGGUGAUUGACAGCCACGACGCCGCACUCGAGUUUCAUAAGGGAUACUGCGCCAGGCGACAGGGGAUCGCAGUAUACACAGACGGGAGCGGAUUGAAUGGUCGAAUUGGAGCCAGUGCUGUAUCUAUCUCACGGGGAUGGAUACACAGCCGCACACUGGGUACAGAAGGGGAGUCUACGGUCUACGCAGGCGAGUUGACUGGGAUUCGGAUGGCUCUACAUAAACUACGGAAAGAGAAGCUGCCAGCCAUAAUCUUCGUGGACAGCCAAGCCGCGAUACAGGCGGUCCGCAAUCCUCAAAGACCCUCAGGGCAAUAUAUAUUAGGCGAGAUCUACUAUAUAGUAAAACGAUAUAAUAUGCGGAACCGGGUUCAAAUCAGAUGGAUUCCUGCACACAUCGGAGUUCUAGGGAAUGAGGCUGCCGAUGAAGCCGCACGCGAGAUACGCCGCCGGAUCAAGGGCAGAUUGGCUAGAGAAUGGAAAACAGAGAAGACAGGCCGCACUACACAUAGAUUGGCUGAGAUCCCGAAUAAAAGAGUGCUGGAUCUCUAUAAAGGCCUUUCCAAGCCGCACGCAUCUAUCAUCAUUCAGAUGCGGACACAGAGAAAUGGGCUGCAGCAUUUUCUCUUUAAAAUCAAGGUGUCUGACUCAGACCAAUGCCACUGCGGGCAGGGGUCCCAGACUUCAAGGCAUAUCUUACUCCAAUGUCCACUUUUUAUCGAACCUAGGAAAGCUAUGCUGGAUAGGCUAGAUCCUGGGAUUCGAAGAAAGAUGGAUUACAACGGGAUUAUGUCCCACCCGCAGGCGAUGCGCUACGUCGCCGAAUUCAUGCACCAGACAGGAUUGCUCAGCCAAUUCCGGGCGGUUGAGCAAACUGGUCACCACUAA